AUGAAAUUCACUUUUACCUCCAUCAUGCACUUCCUCUGCCUUUUUACCGCCAUGGUUGAAGCCCUCACCCGCGACGAGACCACGCCUCCAAGCGACUCUAUUGUCCUCAUCGACAGACAGGCCCUCCACGACAUGGCCAAAGAUCACCCUUACGGCUCUCUAUUCCCCGAAAAUGGAGGGUACUACCUGAAGGACAAGGAUGACGGAGUUGUUGGUAUCGCCAGCUAUGAACUUUGCACGGAGCUGGACGCUGCCUUUGCUAGCGCCGAAGCCAAAUAUGCCCAGGAAGAGGCUGCUGAAUCCUCGGCUCCAACUUCCCAAAGCCUCCAAACCCAAAUACAAUACUUCCUCGAGCCGCAUAAAUGA